GGGGGAAUUUGAGCCCAAUCAACCCAUUCUCAAAGUCCAGCCCACUGCAUGGCUUAGCUAACCCUUUUUAUAUUGAUAUUUCAGAUACCAAAAGGGGGAAAAACACAACUAGGGUUUCAACUCGAUCGGAGAGAGAUGGAUAUGGGUUGUUCUGAAUCCGGCGACGGCAAGAAAAAAUCUGAAUUGCAUGAUGGGGAACCAGGUUCGAAGAAGGCGGUCAACGAUUUCCUGAGUCUGAUGAAAUAUCAAAGUAUGAAACGGGCGUCGAAAUCGAAUUUGGAGAAGAUGAAUGUACAAAGGAUCAAGGAAUUGAAAUUGGAAGCGCUGAGUGAUAAUUAUCGAGAGGAGGAGAAGAAGAAGAAAUUGGAACCGAUUUCGGAUUCGGAUUCGGAUUCUCCGUUGGACAUGCAACCACAUCUGACGGCGUUAUUGAGUGGCGUGCCUAUUGGAGGUCGCUAUGUAGUGUACAACCGAGAUUCCUACGAUUCCGAUGAUCCCGAAGUUAUCCGAUCGCUCAAACCCUAUGCUGAUAUGGCUAUUGACGUGUUCAACCAAAGACAGCCUAUCAAAUACAGUGUGGUUGGUUUUCUCAGAGCAAAAAAACGUAUAAGCGGCGGAUUUAUAACGCAUGUGGUUUUUACCGCCAAACCUGAUGAAUGUGAUGAUGUCAAAACUUUCCGCGCAAAUUUUCGCCAUACAAGUGGACUUGGUAAAGAAGUUACGUAUGUUGAAAUCGAACCCAAUCUCACUUAAUUAGCUGCUACAGGUGGUUCCAGGUUCAGAGAAGCUUAUAUAUAUAUAUAUAUAUAUAUAUAUAUAUAUAUAUAUACUUAUGGAAUAUUAAUUUGUGUUGAUAUUCAUGUAAUCGGGUUGAACCGAGAGUUUCUUUUAUGCAUCUAGAAUCUCGUAUCUCUGAAUUAUGUUUGAUUGUAAUGCCUGGAACAAUGAAUGCUAAGCUUGUUUAUGUUGACAAUUCGCUUGCUACUGCUAUACUUAUCCCCUUUCG